AAGCACAAAGAGAAAACAAACUACAUCUACAUGGGUAGCUUGUUAAAAUAUCUUGUCAUCCUCUCUCUCUUGCAUGGAUUCCUCACCACAUUCACUACUUACGCGUUGAGCUCCAACGAAGAUGGUUACGGAGAUGACGCCAUUACAGAGCCAGAAAUCAAAUUGGGAUUUUUGAAUGGAUUUUUCGGAUUCCCUGCGCGGCGGAAACCGCCACCAGUUGAGCAAGAAGAGGAAGGCGGUCUCGUAGAAAGCGUCGACUCUCCCACGGAAAGUCUUGGCUCUUGGGAGAUCCAUUCAGAAAAUGCGGGUGUUUCUGCAAUGCACAUACAAUUGAUGCCUAACAACAAAGUUGUGUGGCACGACUCCACAAGCAAUGGCCUAUCUGAGGUAGAGAAUAAUCCUCCCUUUUGCAGACCUCGAGUUGGGGGAAGAAAUACUGAUCCUCAGCAGGACUGUACAGCUCAUGCAAUCGAAUACGAUAUUGACACCGCUCAAGUUAGACCCCUCAAGGUGGACUCAAGCCCCUGGUGCUCAUCGGGAGGCCUUUCACGCAACGGAAACCUCAUCUCCACCGGUGGGGAUAAAGAUGGGUUGAAAUCCGUGAGGAUUCUGAAGCCAUGCAGAGAUUGCGAUUUCGAAGAGAACAAGAGAGCUCUGUUUGCCAACAGAUGGUAUGCCACUCAACACGCCCUUGAAGACGGAAAUUUCGUGCUAGUUGGCGGCCGCAACUCGUACAACUACGAAAUCGUCCCUCCCGACACCAUCGAAUUCACGCCGCAGCUUUUCGAGCUCCCGCUCUUGGAAGAUACUAAUGAUGACGCAGGCAGAGAGAACAACCUAUACCCGUUCGUCAACCUCCUCCCCGACGGCAACCUCUUCGUAUUCGCAAACUACAAGUCUAUCAUCCUCGACCCUCUCACUGGCAAAACCGUCCGCGCCCUCCCCGACCUACCCGGCGGCUCUCGGAACUAUCCUCCCUCUGGCAUGUCUGCUCUUCUCCCCGUCGACCUCAACAACGACGACCCCGACAUUCAAGUGCUCGUCUGCGGCGGGAAUACACGUGAAUCUUACAUAUUGUCGGACUUGCAACAGCCCAAGAGAACAUUUCUAGAGGCUGCUAGAGAUUGCGGACGGCUGAGCCUCAACGCGGAAGGUGCCGAGUGGGAGAAAGAGGACAUGCCCUCACCGCGCGUGAUGGGAGACAUGCUGCUUCUACCCACUGGAGAUGUGCUGAUCCUCAAUGGUGCGAAAGCGGGCACUUCUGCUUGGGAUGCUGCAGAUGAACCUAAUCUCACUCCGGUGUUGUACAGUCCAAAUAAUGAAAAGGGGCAUCGAUUCAAGGAGUUGGCUCCUUCUACCAUUCCAAGGAUGUACCACUCCUCUUCUGCAGUUUUGCCUGAUGGGAAGAUCCUUGUGGCAGGUAGCAACACCAACGCUUUCUACAAGCUCGAAAAAUAUAGAGACGAGUUUAAAUUUCCUACAGAACUCAGGGUGGAAAAAUUCUCGCCACCCUACUUAGCUGAAAAACUCGAGGUGAACAGGCUGGAGAUAUUGGAUGGCGAAUCUGAGACGGAGUUGAAGUAUGGAGCUGAGUUCAACGUGGUAAUUAGAUCAAGGGAAGUAGAUAUUGAGCUUAAUGAGAUUAAGGUGACCAUGUAUUCACCACCCUUCACCACGCAUGGAUACUCUAUGAACCAGAGAUUGCUAAUUUUGAAGCUCAAGAACGUGCAGAAUGGGAGAAUCACGGUGAUUGCACCACCCUCCGGGAGGAUUGCUCCACCAGGCCACUAUCUUCUGUUUGUUGUUCAUCGAGGGGUUCCGAGCCGUGGAAUAUGGGUACACAUUGAGUAGGAAACCUAAUAAUAUUUGGCGUUUGGUAAUAAUCUUGGAAACAAUUUCCUCCAAAAAAAAGAGAGCUAGAAACCAGCAAUCAUUUUAUGCCUCGUAAAAUUAAAUGUUAAUCCUUUUAUAUUUAUUUACCUCAUGUAUGUACACUUAAUCUCAAAGUCAUCAAAUUUCGUUCA